AUGGCAGCGAAAAAUCGAGAAAUUGAGGAAGGAAUUAUGCCGUCCGACCACGAAGAAAAUGACUUGCUAGCGGAGGUAGACGACGAACCGAUGAGUGUAGAUCUGAAAGCAGUGCCGAAAGUUCUGACAGACUUAAGCAAGGCUAUAACAAGCAUGUCUUCAUCCAUGUUAAACAUGGAGCAAUCGAUAAAACGUAUGAAUUCCACACAGGUUGAAACCUCUGACUCAGAGGAGCAACCAGCAAAAAAGCGUAAAAGAAGGAACGAACAGGAGAAUGAAGCCGACAGCGAUGAUAGUGAUGGCGAGAAUUUACUUCGAGAAACAGAACCCCCGGCCGACUCGGCCACAGAGGGUGAAUCAGGCGUCCCAUGUGCUCGACUCGAGCAUGACGCUCUGUUAAGCGAAAUUUCGCAAGAUUUUGACAAAGAAGAGGACGUAGGUCCGAAAAUAAAUCAGCAACUUGCUGAUAUUGUCAAUACUCGUUAGUCAACGAAGCUUAACGAAGCGAAAAUAAAAGAAAAAAUGGAAAAGUAUCCCCGACCAGCCAACUGUGAAAAGCUUAUCGCUCCACGUGUAAACGCUGAGAUUUGGGACAAGCUCGACCAAAAGGCAAAGCACCAUGACCUUCGCGCUUCAGCAAUACAAAAAUCUAUAGCAAAAGUUGGAUCGAUUCUGGCAGUGUCAACAGAUAAGCUUGUGCAGAUGAGGCAUAAAAGCCUCCUGGAAGUUGACACGCUGGUGAAAAUGAAUACCGAUGUUUUGGCAUUGUUGGGCCACACGAUGUGUGAGCUGUCAAUGCGGCGACGCGACGCCAUUAAACCAAACCUGCACAAAGAUUAUGGCAGUUUGUGUGCCUCGCAGGUGCCUGUAACGAGUUUUUUGUUUGGGGAUAAUCUUCAAACGAGAUUAAACGACAUCCGGGCCUCCAACAAAAUCAGUAAAACCACUGUUCAAGAAAGAUUUGGCCAAGCCAAAUCUCGAGGCCGUUUUUCAAUCGGAGGGUCAAACCUAAACAACAAUACUGGCUCAGACAACAGGCAGAGAAAGGGAAACCCUUUUUUAUCCAAGGGACGCCAGUGGAAGCAACACCCACCGAAGCCACCCUUUCUACCCAGGAAAAACUCGCAGACAAGGUUUUAG